CUGAGGUAAUGGAUCCUCAAUCUUUGUCGUCUAACGUGUCAAUUUCUCACAAAAUCUCAUCUGAUGGAUUGAAAUAUAAGAAAUGUGAUUUUCCGAAACAAGAAAAUAGGUUGCUGGAUUCAGUUCGUGCAAGAGAGGACAAUCCAUUUGAUAUUGUUGGUGUUUUUUAUGAAAGUAUCAUAGCUGGAGCUACUGCUGGUGGUGUUGUGGAAGCAGCUCUGUACCCAAUUGAUACAAUAAAAACUCGACUCCAGGCAUCCCGUGGUGGAAGAAAAGUUAUUUUAAAGGGUCUUUAUUCUGGAUUGGGUGGAAACCUUGCUGGCGUUUUGCCGGCUUCAGCUAUAUUUCUUGGUGUAUAUGAACCUGCAAAGCAGAAGUUGUUGAAAACCUUUCCUGAAAACCUGAGUGCUUUUGCUCAUUUGGUGCCAUAACUAGAGCUGUGACGACCCCUCUUGACGUUAUAAAAACUCGAUUAAUGGUCCAGGGAUCAUCAAAGCAGUAUAAAGGGAUUCUUGAUUGU